UGUUACCAUGAAAUCUGCAGUGAAAUGUUUCAUUAUUGUAGCGGUACUAGUGGAAGUCACUAGUCGUGAUUUCAACGACACGGAAAGGGCCGCCCGCGCUGCUUUCGUUCAGAGGCUUCUAAACAAGCAAAAACUGGCUGAAGGGAGAUUAAGGCUUGUCGGCGGUCCGAACCAAUUUGAAGGCAACGUAUACAUCUACCACGGGGGCCGGUGGGGCGCCGUUUGUGACGACUCUUGGGACGACGCAGCUGCCCAGGUAGUCUGCAGGCGCUGGAACCGGAGCGGAGUCGCCACACACGCUGCGCAGUACGGAGAGGCGAAAAGAAAGUUCUGGAUGGACGACGUAGUCUGCGAAGGCACGGAGCCAUCCCUGAACCACUGCAUCUUCAGCGGCUGGGGCUCAUCUGACUGCGAACCUUCUGAAGCCGCUGGCGCCAUCUGUACUGAAACUCCAGUGGCGCUGGUGAAGCCGAGAAGAAAGAGCUUACUGGAGACGCUAGAUGGCGAUACUCGGUUGAGGCUUGUUGGUGGGAGAAGUCACAAUGAAGGGGGAGUUGAGAUAUACUACAACGGCGAAUGGGGCAGUAUUUGCGCAGACGGUUGGUCUCUCUACGAGGCCAUAACCGUCUGCCGGCAUUUAGGCCUCGGGUACGCGGCGCAGGCCUCGCAAACGAACGUGUUUGGGGCCUCGAAGAUCGUCCUGAGCGGCGUGGAGUGCCAGGGGAAUGAGAAGAGUCUGUUUCAGUGCAGUCAUGAAGAUAUCGGGACGGUUAAGUGCUCAGGGGAUGUGGGUCACGUGGCAGCAGUGGUGUGCACAGACCGCCUCGCAGAUUUAGAGUUAGACACCGUAGCCAUAGAAAGAUCGGCACAUCUUCAAGACGUUCCUAUGUAUCUUCUGCAAUGCGCUAUGGAAGAAAACUGCCUGAGCAAGACCGCAUACGAGAUCCAAAAAACCAAUCCCGCCUGGCAGUAUGAGACCCGGCGCCUACUACGGUUCACCGCGGCUUCUCUUAACAUCGGCAACGAUGAGUUCCGGCCCUACUUACCUAAACAUCUGUGGCAGUGGCAUCUUUGUCACAUGCACUACCACAGCAUGGAAGUAUUUGCAACGUUUGAUGUCCUCAAUGCGACUGGGCACAGAGUGGCAGAGGGCCAUAAGGCCUCCUUCUGUCUAGAAGACAAUACCUGCUUACCGGGUGUGGAGAAGAAAUAUUCUUGCAAGAAUUAUGGAGAUCAAGGCAUAUCCGUCAAUUGCUCCGACAUUUACAUGUACAACAUCGACUGCCAAUGGGUCGAUGUUACCGACGUUGAGUUGGGUGACUACACUUUUAAGGUAGCGGUGAAUCCACACGCCCGUAUAGCAGAGCAGCAGUUCCACAAUAACGCAGCGACGUGUGUACUACGGUUAUCAGAGACAUACGCGAGUGUGUACGGCUGCACGCUUGGACGACCUUAGAUUUUAAUAUAA